AGAGCCUGCGAAUCCAAGAAACACAAACGCACACACACCUACAGAAGCGAGGAGCACUCCUUCCUCGGAUUCUCUUCUAGUCCUCCAUAGCCACUUCAUAGCGAUCUAUCUCUCUUAUCCAGUUAAGUUUCAGACACAUGGCGAGCAACAACGGCACGGCCAACUGCACCACCGUGCCGCAGCCGCCGCCAUCGACCGGGAAGCUCAUCACGAUUCUCAGCAUCGAUGGCGGCGGCAUCCGCGGCCUCAUCCCGGCGACCAUCAUCGCACACCUCGAGGCCAAGCUGCAGGAGCUGGACGGCCCAGAUGCUCGGAUUGCCGACUACUUCGACGUGAUCGCCGGGACGAGCACCGGCGCCCUGCUCACGUCGAUGCUGGCGGCGCCCGACGACAACAACCGGCCGCUGUUCUCCGCCAAGGACCUCACCACCUUCUACCUCGAGAACGGCCCCAAAAUUUUCCCACAGAAAAAGGCCGGGUUUCUGACGCCGGUGAGGAACCUGCUGGGCUUGGUUCGGGGUCCCAAGUACGACGGCGUGUUCCUGCACGACAAGAUCAAGAGCCUCACCCACGACGUCAAGGUGGCGGACACGGUCACCAACAUCAUCGUGCCGGCGUUCGACGUCAAGUACCUGCAGCCCAUCAUCUUCUCCACGUACGAGGCCAAGGCCGACACGCUCAAGAACGCGCACCUCUCCGACAUCUGCAUCAGCACGUCGGCGGCGCCCACCUAUUUCCCCGCGCACUUCUUCAAGACGGAGGCCACCGACGGCAGGUCCCGGGAGUUCCACCUCGUCGACGGCGGCGUCGCGGCCAACAACCCCACCAUGGUCGCCAUGUCCAUGCUCACCAAGGAGGUGCUCCGCCGCAACCCCGACUUCAACGCCGGCAGGCCCACCGAGUACACCAACUACCUCAUCAUCUCUGUUGGGACUGGGUCGGCCAAGCAGGCCGAGAAGUACACCGCGCCGCAGUGCGCGAAAUGGGGACUGAUUCAGUGGCUCUACAACGGUGGAUUCACUCCGAUCAUCGACAUCUUCUCCCAUGCCAGUUCUGACAUGGUUGACAUCCAUGCGGCCGUGCUCUUUGAGGCCCUGCACUGUGAGAAGAACUACCUUCGGAUUCAGGAUGAUACUUUGACUGGGGACACAUCGUCAGUGGACAUCGCGACCAAGGAGAACAUGGAGUCUCUGAUCGGGAUCGGCCAGGAGCUGCUCAAGAAGCCAGUGGCGAGAGUGAACAUCGACACUGGGGUGUACGAGUCCUGUUCCGGUGAGGGCACAAAUGCAGAGGCGCUAGCGCACUUCGCCAAGAAACUCUCUGACGAGCGCAAGCUACGCAAGAGCAAUCUCUGACUCCCACUCGCUAUCUCUCAGCUACAGCAUGGCUGGCGCUUGCCAGCAAAUUCAGCCAAGGGAUCGGCAGAUUGCAUUGAUGGGUGGUCAUGUACCUAGACUAGCUAGCAAUGUGCCUCAGAUAGAUGCAUGGUAUUGGUAGCUAGUCAUUAAUCAAGCAACAUACAUGUAUAUGCACCAAUAAAGAUGUAAGUUCAAUCAUUUGUUUGUCUACGAUCUCAAAAGAAUCAUCUCGUUUUGA